GCAAUGGUAUUGUUAAGUAUGUUGUACAUGGUUUUUACUUGUUAGGCAUAUCUGAAUAUGAGAUACUUAACUGUGGUAUUUAGUAUUCACAUAGUUGGCUAACAAGUCCAGUUUUUUAAAAUUAAAGUUAUUGUUUUUAAAUUAAGAAUUUUAAGAUUUUGGGGCAACAACAAGAUAUGUCCAAACAAGUACUAUAUUCCUUUCUUAACUUAUUAAAAGUUAAACAUUAUUUGUAAGUGCAUAUGAUAAAUGUACCCUAAAACUAAAAUAUACCUACAAUUUUUUUACAUUUAACCAAAUGGAUACUUCCAUUUUUAUCUGGAUUUUUUAUAUCUUGCCUUUUAUUUCAAUUUCAUAUAUAUCACCUCUUUAAUACUUUUUAAGAUUCGGUAGACCAUCAGAAAAGCAAGUUGCUCUGUUCCACGAAGCCAUUGUAAAAAUGAUAGCCGAAGACCUUCAGCCGCUAUCAAUAGUAGAAAAUGCAGGAUUUCGUAAUAUGAUUGAGCUUUUGGAUUCUAGAUAUGAAAUUCCUAGCAGGAGAGUGCUUGGUAGGACAAUAAUACCAAACAUGUUUUCAUUUGUACAAAAUAAAGUAAAAGUUUCACUGAAUAAUGCAGAGCAUGUAGCAAUCACUACAGAUAUCUGGACAUCGAUUAAUACAGAUUCAUAUUUAACUUUAACUACUCAUUUUUUAAGUGAAACAGUUUUAAAAACUUUUGUUCUAUGCACAAAAAAAUUAGAAUCCAACCAAACAAGUUUAUAUCUAUUAGAAAUAAUGACCAACGAACUAAAUAACUGGAACAUUUUUCAUAAAGUAGUGGCAGUGGUUACAGACGGUGGAGCUAAUACUAAAGCAGCUGUUAGACUAAUGAACUUAUCUCAUUUACCAUGUAUAGCUCACAAAUUAAAUCUAGUUGUUCAAAAAGCUCUUCAACUAUCGGAUGACGAAGGAGUCGGUCCCGAGAACAAUUCAGAUGAAGGUGACUUAAAACUGAUUUUAAAGAAGUGCCGUAUCAUAGUUGGGUUUUUCAAGAGAAGCGAGGUAGGAAAUCGAUUGUUAGUCGAAAAACAAAAACAAUUAGGAAGUUCGACAAUUUUAAAACUAAAACAGGACAUACGCACCCGCUGGAAUAGUACUUUUUUUAUGUUAGAAAGGCUAAUAAAAUUAAAAGAACCCAUAACCAUUGUAAUGAUUACAUUAAAAGAAGCACCAAGUAAUCUUGAGUCUCAAGAAUGGAGUAUUAUUGAAGAUAUGAUACCUUUGCUCAGACCCUUCAACAAUUUGACUGUUGAGCUCUCAGCAGAGCAAUAUCCGACCAUAUCAAAAGUCAUACCAUUGAUACGAGGUUUGCAAUUUUCUUUAAAUUCAAAGAGUCCAAAAACACGACUUGGAAGUUUUAUUAAAGGUAAGCUCUUAGAACAUACUACCAAGCGUUUUGAUGGAAUUGAAAAACAAGCCUUGACACCACAAUUUUCUCGAGCCACGUUACUGGACCCAAGGUGCAAAAAGGUUGCAUUUGGGGUGACAGAAAACGAGAAUGAUGCUGAGGCUAGCGUAGUUUCUGAAAUAGCUUCAUUAAUGGGAAAUGUGUCUAACACUGAACAAGCUACAGUUCAAAUAGAUGUUAUUGAAGAUGAUGACAAUGUCUGGAAUUUUCUUCAAUCUAAAGUCACUACUGUGCAAUCUCAAACAACUUCGACAAGUAGUGCAACAGCUUUAAUGAAACAAUAUUUAAACAUGCCUCAUCUAGAUCUCAAAUGCGAUGUGCUAACAUAUUGGAACGAUCAUAAAGUAGUAUUAGCUCCACUCAUCAACAUUGCAUUAAAGUAUUGUAUAAUUCCGGCAACUUCAGUCCCAUCUGAAAGAAUAUUUUCGAAAGCCGGGCAAAUAUUAAGUGCUCGGCGCAAUAGAUUACUACCUAAAAAUGUUGACAUGUUAAUUUUUUUAAACAAAAAUUUGUAAGUUUAUUUUUAAUUGUAUGCAAGUGACAAGGUAAUAAAAAGCUACAAUAUAUAAUUUAUAUUUAUAAUUAAAAAUCAAAAUACAUUUUAUUAUAGUUUAAAAAUAUUUAUUUUUUUAUUUGCAGAUAAUAUUCAACUGGUUUGAAGAUCAACAUAUCAUUAUGAUACCUCUGGAAGGUUAUAUAAGGGUAUUUCCUUGAUUAUAAUUUUUAUUUUAGAAAAUGUUAAACAAGGUUUAAUACCAAAGCUAACACUUAAAUUUGCAAUUGUAAGGUAAUACACUGAUAAACGUAUAUUUAUAGCUGUGAUGAUUAUGAAAUAUGGGGUUGACAAUGACAGCCUGAUUGCAGCCAACCCUGCGUUACAAUAUUUACAAGCUUUUUUUUAAAUUGUAUCAAUAUUGGUAACUCUAGUACUGUAUCAUUUCAAAUCCUUUGAAACUUUGAUAAAAUAAAAAACUACAAAAGUAUUAUUAU